CGUGAGGCAGCUCACAAUCACAUCCAGCCAAUUAAAAGCUCAGCAGAGUUUCCAUGCAAUUGGCCUUCUUCCCGCACUCCCCGCAGCCCCCGCUAUUUAGGGCUCUUUCUCUUAAUUAUCUUUAAACGGUGAAGUUAAAUCUGCACGAUGCAAAGUCUUUUUUAUUUGCCCCCAAAUAACAACCACAUGAAUUGAUUCCAAAUAUUUAUCCUUUUAACUUUCACUCGUCAGCCAACAAAGUGCCUCAAUCCCCUGGAACUUCCCCUUAAUCAUCUGAGCCCCUCUUAAUGAAUACAAAUGCUUUCUGUUCAGCCAGACACCAAGCCGAAAGGUUGUGCUGGCUGCAAUCGCAAGAUUAAGGACCGCUACCUGCUCAAGGCCUUGGAUAAAUACUGGCAUGAGGACUGCCUGAAAUGCGCCUGCUGCGACUGUCGCCUCGGGGAAGUGGGCUCCACGCUCUACACCAAAGCCAACCUCAUCCUCUGCCGCAGGGAUUACCUAAGAUUGUUUGGUGUCACGGGAAACUGCGCCGCCUGCAGCAAACUCAUUCCUGCCUUCGAAAUGGUGAUGAGAGCCAAGGAGAAUGUCUACCACUUGGACUGCUUUGCCUGUCAGCUCUGUAACCAGAGGUUUUGUGUGGGAGACAAAUUUUUCCUGAAGAACAACAUGAUUUUGUGCCAGACGGACUACGAAGAAGGUUUAAUGAAAGAGGGUUAUUCUGCCCAGGUGCGCUGAGCCCCCUGGACCCCGACACCAUGAAAUGAUCAGCACUGCGCCCUUUUUAUCUUUUCUGCUGUACAUGUAAAUAAGAACUGGCACCGGAGCCCACAGAAUAGUGUCGGUAUUAUUAUGAGGGCCCCCUGGGGUGCAACAGACUGAUGCAUCUGUGUAUGUGACUGUGGCCCCAGCACUGAAUGUUCCAAAAAGAUAAAGACGACUCCAUCCUUUGUUUCACCUGUUUGGGUUUUUUUUUGGCAUGAAAUGCAGAUUUUGGACUUUGUACAUAACGUAUUGUAAAUUUUGAAGCACAAAUGUAAUACAGUUUUAUUGUGUUACCAUUUGUGUCCUGGCGUCACGUUGCAUUCGGUACAAUCACUGUCGAUACAUUGUAUAUUUAUGUUUUCUGUAUUUUUCAGCUAAUUUCAGAAAGAAGCUGUGUUUGUAGGAAAAGAAUGGAAACAAUGAAAGAGCCAAUAGGAAUGAGCGUGCACAUGUUUUGUGUAUGGGAGAAGCUUUGCAUUGGGCUCAAGUCUCGGAUUCAUGGACUAAUAGGGUCUGGAUCUCUCCAUGGUCGUAAUUCAAGCAGCGGCUAUAGAGGCACCCUAGCACCCCAUUUGCACCCCACUUAAUUCCAAACUGGAGGGAGGGGUCUGUAUGGAUUCCAUUGAAUGUAUCUGAGAUGGUGACCCUCAAGGUCACAAGGCUUGGUCAUCACAAUGUUAUCCAUGUGGUUUUGCAGGAAACAAAUACUGAUUUGUUUAAUGACCGUAGUGAUGUUUUGCUGCCGUAUUUCAGCCACACACCAUGCUGGCAGACCCUCAUAGAACAGACACAGGGGGGAAUCAACUGCCGAGAGACCCAAAAUCAACGGGAAUAAGGAGAUCUGAGCACCCAGGAGUCCAAUGCCCCCCAAGUUGUGAUAUUUAUUGUGAACCCUCCCCAUUUCUAUAAUAACUUCCCUGUCAGCAGCCGACCAGCCUUUCUACAAUGCUUAUGUUUUUAUGCAGAAAAUAAUAUCUGAAAUUGGUCUGUUUUAUAUAAAAUAAAUAAAGAAUGUAUUUCACCUAA